AUUGAAUUUAGGGGAAAGAAUGAAUUCCUUCAAGUAGAAAGUGACGUAUUAUUAUGAUGAGGAAAUUGGGACAUUUAAUUAUUCAACAACUCAUCCAAUGAAACCAUUAAGAGUUGCGAUAACGGAUGAUUUAGUAGGUCAUUAUGGACUAAAAUAAUAUAUGAAUUGUAUUGUAAGAUGUAUUCAUUUUUAGGUUUAGGAUCAAACUUUUGUUCAAACUUACAUAAAACGAGUAGAUGAAGAUGUAUUGACUUAAUUUCAUUCUGAAGAAUAUAUUGAUUUAAUAAAAAUAAUUACACCAGAAAAUAAGUGUUAACACGAGGAUCAACUAUAUAGAUGUAAUCGGAUUUAAUUAAAUAAUUAGUUAAUUUCAUGGAAGAUUGUCCUGUAUUAGAUAGGUUAUUUGAUUAUUGUUUGUGUUAAACUUCUGGCUCAGUAGGAGCAGCUUGUGUAAUAGCAGAUUAGAAGAGUAAUAUUGCUAUAAAUUGGAGUGGUGGUUUACAUCAUGCCAAAUAAAGUGAAGCAAGUGGAUUUUGUUAUGUUAAUGAUUGUGUAUUAGGUAUAUUAGAACUAUUGAAAACAUAUUAAAGAGUGUUAUAUGUAGAUAUCGAUAUUCAUCAUGGAGAUGGAGUAGAAGAAGCAUUUUAUUUAACUGAUAGAGUUAUGACUUGUUCUUUCCAUAAAUUUAAAGAAUACUUUCCUGGAACAGGACAUAUAGAUGAUAUUGGUCAUGAUAAAGGAAAGUAUUAUGCAGUGAAUUUUCCAUUAAAUGAAGGUUUAAAUGAUGAUUCUAUAUAAUUAAUCUUCAAACCUGUGAUUGAUAGUAUUAUGGGAAACUUUAAACCUGAUGUAAUUAUGUUAUAAGGAGGAACAGAUAGUCUUAGUGGAGAUCGUUUAGGAUGUUUUAAUUUAAGUAUAAAAGGUUAUAUUUUCUUAAUAAAUAUUAAGGUCAUGGUUCUUGUAUUGAAUACUUAAAAAAGUUUAAUGUGCCUAUCAUAAUGGUAGGAGGUGGAGGUUAUACAUUAAGAAAUGUUCCACGUUGUUGGACUUAUGAGACAUCUUUGGCAUUAAAUGUAUCAAUUCCUGAUAAUAUUCCUGAUGAAUCAGAUUAUAAGAUUUAUUUUGGACNGAAUAAUAAAAUUUAAAAAUUGAAUUUAGGGGAAAGAAUGAAUUCCUUCAAGUAGAAAGUGACGUAUUAUUAUGAUGAGGAAAUUGGGACAUUUAAUUAUUCAACAACUCAUCCAAUGAAACCAUUAAGAGUUGCGAUAACGGAUGAUUUAGUAGGUCAUUAUGGACUAAAAUAAUAUAUGAAUUGUAUUGUAAGAUGUAUUCAUUUUUAGGUUUAGGAUCAAACUUUUGUUCAAACUUACAUAAAACGAGUAGAUGAAGAUGUAUUGACUUAAUUUCAUUCUGAAGAAUAUAUUGAUUUAAUAAAAAUAAUUACACCAGAAAAUAAGUGUUAACACGAGGAUCAACUAUAUAGAUGUAAUCGGAUUUAAUUAAAUAAUUAGUUAAUUUCAUGGAAGAUUGUCCUGUAUUAGAUAGGUUAUUUGAUUAUUGUUUGUGUUAAACUUCUGGCUCAGUAGGAGCAGCUUGUGUAAUAGCAGAUUAGAAGAGUAAUAUUGCUAUAAAUUGGAGUGGUGGUUUACAUCAUGCCAAAUAAAGUGAAGCAAGUGGAUUUUGUUAUGUUAAUGAUUGUGUAUUAGGUAUAUUAGAACUAUUGAAAACAUAUUAAAGAGUGUUAUAUGUAGAUAUCGAUAUUCAUCAUGGAGAUGGAGUAGAAGAAGCAUUUUAUUUAACUGAUAGAGUUAUGACUUGUUCUUUCCAUAAAUUUAAAGAAUACUUUCCUGGAACAGGACAUAUAGAUGAUAUUGGUCAUGAUAAAGGAAAGUAUUAUGCAGUGAAUUUUCCAUUAAAUGAAGGUUUAAAUGAUGAUUCUAUAUAAUUAAUCUUCAAACCUGUGAUUGAUAGUAUUAUGGGAAACUUUAAACCUGAUGUAAUUAUGUUAUAAGGAGGAACAGAUAGUCUUAGUGGAGAUCGUUUAGGAUGUUUUAAUUUAAGUAUAAAAGGUUAUAUUUUCUUAAUAAAUAUUAAGGUCAUGGUUCUUGUAUUGAAUACUUAAAAAAGUUUAAUGUGCCUAUCAUAAUGGUAGGAGGUGGAGGUUAUACAUUAAGAAAUGUUCCACGUUGUUGGACUUAUGAGACAUCUUUGGCAUUAAAUGUAUCAAUUCCUGAUAAUAUUCCUGAUGAAUCAGAUUAUAAGAUUUAUUUUGGACCUGAAUAUAAAUUGCAUUUACCUAUUUCUAACAUGGAAGAAUAGAAUUCUAAAGAAUACUUAGAGAAAAAUAUGUAUUAAUCAAUUUAUAUUUAUUAGAAUUUAAAUUUUAGAUAAUUUAAAGUAGAUAUAGCCAGGUUGUGCAUAAAUAGAUCAUUAUGCUAUAGGAAAAGAUAGCAGAUAAAAAGUAGAUUAUUAAGAAUUAUUCUCUUAAUAUAAUGAAAUAAGACAGGAAAUGCAAUUAGAAUAAAAUUUAGAUUAAUAAGAUUGA